AUGUCGCCCGUCAAGGCUUUUGCGUCACAAAACAUUCGGAAUUGUACCUUGAUUGGACAUGUUGACCAUGGAAAAUCGUCAUACGCAGACUCACUGCUAGCUGCCAACGGCAUCAUCUCCUCGAGGUCUGCUGGGCAAAUCCGGUACUUGGACAGUCGCGAAGAUGAGCAGGAACGUGGGAUUACGAUGGAAUCUAGUGCCGUGUCACUCACAUUUAAACUACGGAAAAUUCAAGAAGAUGGGUCGGUUGAAGGCAUUGAGGACUAUACACUGAAUCUCAUCGAUACACCUGGCCACGUCGACUUUUCUUCGGAAGUUUCUACGGCAGCGCGUUUGUGUGAUGGUGCCUUGGUCAUUGUUGAUGUGGUAGAAGGUGUAUGUACACAGACUGUCUCUGUGCUUCGACAGGCAUGGCUGGAUGGCCUGCGUACUAUCCUGGUCAUCAACAAGAUGGACCGUCUAAUUACAGAGCUGAAACUCACGCCGAAUGAAGCCCACCAUCAUCUGCUCCAGUUGGUCGAGCAAGUCAAUGCUGUCAUCGGUGGCUUUUAUGCGGCUGAGCGCAUGGAGCAGGACCAAAAAUGGCACGAAGAACAAGAACGUUUGCGAGAAGAACGACGUGCGCAGGGCCAGUCGGAUGCGGACAGUGAUUUGCCUGAAUACGAAGAGCAUGAGGAUGCGCAUUUGUACUUUGACCCUGCGCGCGGCAAUGUGAUUUUUGCCAGUGCCAUUGAUCACUGGGCCUUCCGGUUGGAACGCUUCUCUACAUUGUACGCCAAGAAGCUGGGCAUCAAAGAGCAGAACAUUCGCCAAUUCUUAUGGGGCCACUACUAUUUGGAUCCUAAGUCCAAACGUGUGCUCACGCAGAAGCAGCACGACAAAGAGAAGCGUAACUUGAAGCCCAUGUUUGUGCAAUUUGUCCUAGACAAUAUAUGGAGCGUAUACCAAAACACAGUGGAAGAACGGCAACAAGAAAUGAUCGAUAAAAUUAUUGCCGCCCUCAACUUGACUAUCCAUCCGCGCGAUCUGCGUGCGAAAGAUGCCAGCACACUGAUGCAAGCCAUUAUGAGCCAAUGGCUUCCUCUGUCUGCAUGCACCUUUGCUGCGAUUGUUCGAUCCCUACCGGCCCCCGCAGAGGCCCAGAAAGUGCGUGUACCACGUAUGAUUCGCCCAGAGGUUGGAUUCUUCGCCUCGGAUGCGGAGUUGGCACCGCACAAUGACGUGGAACGCGACUUGUUUGAGUCGCGCACAGGUACCGAUGCGACGGCCGUGGCGUAUGUGAGCAAGAUGUUUGCUGUACGCAAAGACGAUAUGCCGGAAAACAAACGCGUCCAGCUGACCGCGGAAGAAAUGCGAGAGCGAGGUCGUGUGACACGUGAAACUAUGGCGGCGACUGGCGCUGAGGCAGUGGAAGAGAGUUCGGAGGAUACCUCCUCCGAUCCAGAGGAGACCAUCCUCGGGUUUUCUAGGCUGUACAGUGGCUCUAUCGCAGUGGGAGAUCGAUUGUGGGCUGUUUUGCCGAAAUACGAUACGAAUCAGCCGCCUACGCAUCCAGCCAACGCGCCGUUUGUGCGGGAGACACAGAUCCAGGCCCUGUACAUGAUGAUGGGACGUGAUUUGGUUGCUGUGCAGCGCGUACCAGCCGGCAAUGUGUUUGCCAUUCGUGGGCUGGAUGGUAUUGUGCUGCGCAACGGUACAUUGAUGCAUCCACCUAGCGAUGCCCCACUGGACCAUGUCGUAAACUUGGCUGGCGUGCAAAGGAACACGACACCGAUUGUCCGUGUGGCGUUAGAGCCACGCAAUGCAGCUGAUAUGCCGCGCCUUGUGGAAGGUCUUCAGCUCCUCAACCAAGCGGAUCCGUGCGUGGAAGUGUUGGUCCAGGACAAUGGUGAGCACGUGAUCCUCACCGCCGGCGAGUUGCAUUUGGAGCGCUGCCUGAAAGAUCUGCGAGAGCGAUUUGCGCAAUGUGCGAUUCAGCCAUCGCCUCCGUUGGUGCCUUUCCGUGAGACAUGUGUGAAGGAUGCGAAUAUGGCACCGCCAAAACAGGCUGGUGCGCCACGUGGUACGAUUCAAGGCACAGCUUUGAACGGCGCUGUGACAUUUACAGUACGUGCGAUGCCCUUGCCCAAGGCCGUGGUUGAUUUCUUGGUCGUAAACAUUCCGACGAUGCGUAGGCUCUUACGUCGUGGUCGUCGCAUGGGUGAAGAUGACGACGAUGGCGGCAACGACAAUGCAAACGAUGAUUUGCGGGCCGCUCAGGGCCGCGAGGAGAACAGCGAAGAUGAAGACGAAGUAAAGGCACGACGUGUGCCUGUGCGACUCUUUUGGGAGGAGCUGGAAAAAGUGCUGCAAGCGGCGGGACCGGAAUGGUCGUCGUUAGCCCCGCAGAUUUGUGCGUUUGGACCGAAGCAUGUCGGCCCGAAUAUGCUGGUGGAUGUACACCAGAUUCUUCGACGAUCACUUAAGCAGCGUACGCAGCAGGAAGACUUGGCUGCGUCCAUGACAGAGGUGUCCUUGGACGAGGCGCGUCUGGAUCGUGAGUUGUGUGAUGCGAUCGAGGCUGGCUUCCAACUGGCAACGCAAGCCGGCCCGAUGUGCAGUGAGCCUAUGCAAGGCCUCGCCUUUUUGGUGCAGGAUGUGCAGGUAGACGAUGCUGCGCUGAGCGAUGUGCGUGGCAAACUCUCGCAACUUGCCUCCACGCUGAUUUCGAGCACGCGCGAAGCAUGUCGUCAGGGUUUGCUGGAUUGGUCGCCUCGUCUUAUGUUGGCGAUGUAUGCGUGUGAUAUUCAGGCAGCCCCGGACGUGCAGGGCAAAGUGCAUGCUGUGUUGGCCAGGCGACGUGGACGUGUCGUUUCGGAAGAGAUGAAAGAAGGCACGCUGUUCUUUACGAUUGGUGCACUACUACCUGUGGUCGAAUCGUUCGGGUUUGCAGAUGAAAUCCGCAAGCGUACGUCAGGUGCAGCGAGUCCGCAGCUUGUGUUUGCUGGCUUCCGUAUGUACGAUCAGGACCCCUUCUGGGUGCCACGUACAGAAGAGGAGCUGGAGGAUCUCGGUGAAAAAGGCGAUCGUGAGAACAUUGCUAAACGCUACAUGGAUAUGGUGCGCAAGCGCAAAGGUCUUAAGACCGACAAGCGCCUGGUCGUCUCGGCGGAGAAGCAGAAGACGAUGAAGAGCGUGUAA